AUGAUAACAACAUUUCAUUGUAUUAAUUGUAAUGAAAAAUAUCAAUGUUUAAAGAAAAACAGAAUUGAUGAAAAAGAAAGAAAAAUAUGUAAACAAGAAUUUGAUCAAACAGAAGAAUUACCAAAAUAUUUACUUUGUAAAAAAAAUCAUUGGAGAUAUAAAGAAGAAAAAUUUGGCAGUUCAGAUGAGACUAUUGAUAAAAUUAAUAAUACUAAACUUGAUAAUAUUAACAGAAAGACAAAAUUACAUGAUGAAUUUAUAAGUUAUUAUCAAGCAAUACAGAAUUCUGAUCAAAUACUAUUAUCAUGUAGAUUUAAUGUUAAGUUUGAAGAAGAUUUAGAUAUUAAAGAAGUUAAGAAUUAUGUAUAUGAUGAUGAUUUUGAAAACUUAUAUAAAAAUGAUGAUA